GAACUGCUCAUUCGCGUUGCGAUAUGCUGCUAUCAUAGGUUGAUCCCCUUACUCGUGUUUUGCGGAGACCGUCACUGACUAACCGUUGACUGAACUGAUCCGUGACUCUGAUUUGCGACAAUGCCUACCGCGCAGGUGAACGAGGAAGGAGCUGUUCUCUUCUAUGAAGACAGCGGUCCACCUGCUGAUUCAACGACGUACACCACAGUAGUGCUUAUCCACGGUCUGAUAUUUCAUGGUGCUGUAUUCCGUCGUCUGUUGCCACAUGCUGUCCCAAAGAACCUACGGCUCGUCUCUGUGAACUUGCGCGAUUAUCCUGGAUCUUCACCUUAUGCUCAAUCGGAGCUGGAUGCUUUCAGAUCCGCUAAUGAGAAUGUUCAAACUGAGGCCAUAACGAAUCUCGAGAAGCAGCGCAAUGAAGACGGAACUGUCUCGGGAGGACUGGCUCUUAUCACCUGGUCGAUGUCUAACAUCCUCUCAUUGUCUUUCCUCGCGCAUGCAGAUACCUUACCACACGCCACCAAGAGUCUCCUUGACAAGUACCUUCGUACAAUCGUUCUCCACGAUGCAUCGAUUGCGACCUUGGGCGUGAACCCAUAUAUUGCCGCAACCUCCCUAGGCUCUUCUUCGACAGUCCUCUAUAGUCCUUUGCGUGACCAAUCACUUCCCUUCCCCGAAAGAGUCAAACGUUUCUCGACUUGGGUAUCAUCGUACUACACCAAAGUCGAUGAUCUAGCUACCCUGACUCCAGACCUCAUUAUUUCCCGCGAACCAAUUCAAGGCGCGGGCAAGAUACCGACUGUGCAACGCAUGUCGCCCGAAGAAAUCAGAGCCACGACUGAUUUCGGCGUCCUCGAACGAUCUCACGAUAGUAUACGACUUGUGAACUCGCGUAUUUAUAGUCGGAACCUUCGGCGUGCGCUUGGUGUUGGAAUGGAAGGCGAAGACAUCCCUUGGCCGAAGGUGAAGGUGUUGGCUCUUUGGUGUGAUACGGGGAUAGUAGAUACUGUUUGGGCUGCGAAGGCGAUAUAUGAUCUCUUGCAUGGGGAGGAGGGAGUAACAAGGGAAGUCGCCUUGCAGAAACUCGAAGGUGCAAACCACUUUGUACAUUGGGAUGAACCAGAGCUCUUUGUUGAAGCGGUGAGUAGGCAUAUCUAGCCGUAUCCGAUGCGUUGGCCCUAUGCAUCCAAACAAUGUACAUCGUCCCCUACUGGGGGGCUAAACACGGGGGAUUGGUAUAUCUGAAA